UUAUUUUGGGGUAGCAGGUGAAAUAUCGGUCUCCCUCGAGUCCAGCAAAAUGAAUAUGUACUCUGUGCCCACCCCGGGAAUACCAGGAUGUCCACCAGGAUUAGAAUACCUGACCCAGGUGGAUCAGCUACUCAUCAAACAGAAAGUAGAGCUUGUUGAAGCUCUUGUGGGUUUUGAAAGCAACAACAAGUAUGAAGUCCGUAACAGCAUGGGUCAGAAUGUGUUCUACGCCGUCGAGGAGAACGACUGUCUGAGUCGACAGUGUUGCGGCCCCUUGCGGCCCUUCACCAUCCAUGUCCUCGACAAUUUCGGACAAGAGGUCAUCACAGUCACCCGGCCGCUGAAGUGCAUGUCUUGCUUCUUCCCUUGUUGUCUACAAGAGCUGGAGGUGCAAGCUCCCCCCGGUAACACUGUGGGGUACGUUGCACAACAGUGGCACCCGUUCUCGCCUAAAUUCAUAAUCGCGGACGAACACACCGAGCCUGUACUAAAGAUCCACGGGCCCUUCUGUGGGUGGAGCUGCCUUCCAGAUGUUGACUUUGAGAUUCUGACGAUGGAUGAAGUCAGCAAGAUUGGAAAAGUCAGUAAGCAGUGGACAGGACUUCUUCGGGAAGCGUUCACGGAUUCAGACAACUUUGGCAUCCAGUUCCCCAUGGACCUGGACGUGAGAAUGAAAGCUGUCAUGAUCGGUGCAUGUUUUCUCAUUGAUUUCAUGUUCUUUGAGACAACUAACUAGGAGCCAAACAGGACCUCCAAGUAAGCGUAUAAACAUUCCCGGAAGAAAAGGCCACAAAGCCAUUAUGAUCACUCCCAAAUGCCCUAACCGAGAACAACCUUCACACAGAUAGUUUAAAGGAAGUACCAGGAGGUACCUAAAUGUUAUAAUUUUGCAUGAACAAUGAAAUAGAAGGUUUGUUUUAGUCUUAGCUGCUCAGGUUGGUUGUUUGAACAUGUUUCUGGGCUGUGAGUGCACAGUGCAGUGUUUUUGUGAGGAACUUCAUUUGUGUUUACAUUAUGGCUGCAAAGCCCGUCUAGGCCCAGAACCUUUAGUUCCUACUGAAAACAACUUGCAUUAUAGGAUAAUAUCCAUAUACAAGUAAAUGAUAACACUAUCACAGGCAGGUGCUGUUAUACAGUUUAUAAAAAAAAGAUUGCUGUCAUGAUCUUUAGAAGGGGGUCGCACUUGUGUAAUUUGGUCAUAUUAAUAGACAAGAUAUUUAUUUAUAUAGAACACUAUGCUUGUAGCUGCAUAUAUUAUGUGAGAACUCAAAGACUCAUAAAAAUUGUAGUUUGUAGUUCAAAUAUUCAAAGCCCUUAUUUAUGGAUUUAUAUUUUAGUCUGUUACAAUUUGUCAACAUAAGAGUAAUGUGUGUGUGUAUGUGUGCACUGCUUUGUUUGCGUGUAUGUGUGCUAUGAGUGUACUUGUGUGUGUUUUAAUGGAAACAUAAACUAACAUAGGAUAAAAGUAAAUUUUCAACGCCAUAAUAAUUAUGCAUAGUCAACUCUGAAAAGGUUGUUUAUUUGGGCGCGGGUGGGUUGUUGCUUGAUGUACCAUCCCAGUCUUGUCCACAAGAGGGAGCUAGCUUUUCAUUUAAGAAUAACCCAACAUGGCCCAAAUAGACAAACUCAAUACCUGCUUAUGCCAUAGGUUUUUAUUGAAAUAGUAGUGUCUGAUGACAUUUAUUUUUGGACAAACUCAGGUUAAAAUGCAUGCUACUGUAUUAUAGUGUUGGCUACUGCUGGCUCCAGGAAUUACACACCUGCACCUCAUACUAUAAAUAUAAAGAGAGAAAUAUUUUGGAGGAGAUUUUGUAACAUUAAAUUAUCUAAAUAUCCAUAUCACGUGCACAUUUUCUGGUAUAUCAACUACAUAUUGAUUUCUCUCACUGCUGCAUUGACAUUUUGUGCCAGCUCCAUAUGUUAAAGUUAAAUAAAACGUCAAUUUUCAUCAAACUGCAAUUAACACUGCUGUGCACCCUGCUCUACUGUGAAAUUCAAAUAUGACUGAACAAAGUAUGGCCAUCAGUCUGAUUAGGGAAGGUAUAAAAAAAAUGUAGAAAAGACUUUAUCUAUUAUAUAUGCCACAUCAACAUUAACGAUGGUUUGGAUCUUUUGAAGUGGGGUUGCAUGAGGUCCUUAUCCACAUUCACAGGCAACCUUUUAGACCAAGCACAAUUAAGUUUCAGUUUCACUGUGCCUGGCGUUCUACUGCUCCGUCUGUGCCCAGAAUAUGCUCUGCGCUCCGAGAGUGCAAUGCAUAACAAAACACUAUAGAUAUAUUCCAAUAGCACUCCUAAUGACAGGUUAAGCUUCUAAAAUAUAAAAUCAAUUUGUGGUAGCAGAUGUUUCGAUUGUGGUGGGCUGCCACAAAUGAAUGAAUGUGCGGGAGUCUGGGAGUGAUAUUACAGCCUCCAUUCCAGUCGAAUAUUGCCAUCUGGCAGUGUUACGUGGUAAAAAACAAACUAAAUAUAGCAUACACUUAAACUGAGGGCAACAAAUCAUUUCGUAGCUGACCCCUCCACAGCAGUACAUUAUUUAGCUUCUGUGCUGAUAAUCCAGCCCGCUUCUCCAAACAGGCAAUGCGCUUACCGACAUCCACUGUAGGUAAUACGCUUACUAUGGAUAAGAACCCCAAUUCAAAAGAUCUGAACUAUCCCUUUAAGGCCAUCAGAAGCUCCUUUGUAGCAUCAUGAUAAUGACUUGCAUGUCAUCUUGGGUUCUAGAAAACUGUAAAAAAAAAUCCAUCUUAAGUUAUUUUCUAACAGAUAUUACGCAUUUUUGUAAUAAGUAUUAAAGAAUAGUGUUACCUGUGUAGACUUAAAUUUUCUUGUGUCAACAGUGUUUUAUAAUAUAUUGACUCGUGUUUAUAGAAUUACCAUAAGUGGAUUUAUCUUACCCUUUAUGAGCAGCAUUUUUCAGAACUUGAUCUGAAGACUAAAUAAUUAUUAAGUCCUUAAGAUGGGUGUUUUUUUUGCAGUUUCUGUCCAUGGCUUAAGUUGUUGAGAAACUAUUCUGUUUAAGUAUAUUUGAAUUAAAUCCAUGCCAUUAAGGUUACCUGUAUCAUCUGGCAUGUCUUGUUGGGUUGAACUGAUCAAUAGUAUAAGAUGCUGGUGCUAAGUCCUCUGAAGGCUCUUCGAUUGUGUUUAAAAGCCAAAAAUUCAAGUCAGAAUGUGAUACAAAGGGAAUCUAGGC